GGCCAGAGUUGCGUCACUACCAUGGCCGAGCGGCGCAGCGGUGGCGGGUGCUGUUCCUCUCUCACAAAUGUCCUGCUGCGCGGCCCUCACUUCACAGGACGCGGCGAAAUGCGACCGUUGACCUUAACCUUAGUAUUCCUCUGCGGCGUAGUGUGCGCGGGGAUGGUGGGCGUGCUGCGGGCGUGGUGGGCGGGAGUGGGAGUACCUGCUGGCGAGGUCCUGAAGGCUACUCUUGGGGUACUGCCGCCUGGUGCUGACCUGACGUUGAUGGACGAGGGCUACGUGGCUAUGGCGCUGCUAGGGGACCACGAGGACCACCAGCUGACCACCAAGCAGACCACGGAGCUUGAGGACCACCACGCACAGAUUGAGGCCCUGAACACCCUGAAGAGAGCCAAGGAGUUGGUGUACAAUGGGAAGAGUGCCAGGGCAGGAAGGUUACUGGAGCAUGCCUUGUCACUGGCCCCAAGACACCCUGAUGUGUUAGUUCAUUACGGGGAGUACCUUGAACACCACAGGAAUGAUGUCGUGAAGGCUGACAAGCUGUACCUCCGUGCCCUGGCUGUGUCCCCAGCUAACUCACGCGCUUUAAGGAACAGAAGACGCACCCAACCCCUAGUAGACGAAAUGGAUGUAAUGUUGCUGGAGAGGAUUGAUGGCAAGAGAGAUGACCUGGCACACAUUCCCAGCUCCUCGGCAGCCCUGCGUAGGAUCAAGAAGGAAGCUUACUACCAACAUAUCUACCACACGGCCGGCAUUGAGGGAAACACUAUGACUCUCGCACAGACACGGAUGAUUCUGGAGACAAGGCUCAGUGUGGGAGGCAAGAGUGUGAUGGAGCACAAUGAGAUCCUAGGCCUGGACCUGGCUCUUAAGUUCAUCAACACCACUCUGCUACACCGUGUGGGCCUGAUCACCCUGCAUGACGUCUUGGAGAUCCACCGCCGAGUGUUAGGCCACGUGGACCCCCUAGAGGCUGGCCAGCUGCGGACCACUCAGGUGUACGUCAGCGACCACAUCCCGCCACCCCCAACACGGCUGCAGGUGCUAAUGGAGGACUUUAUUGCCUGGCUAAAUUCCCCCGAAGCUCAAGCCCUUCACCCAGUCCGCUACGCUGCCUUGGCCCACUACAAGCUGGUCUUCAUUCAUCCCUUCUCUGAUGGGAAUGGACGAACUGCCAGACUCAUUAUGAAUUUUUUACUUAUGCAAGCUGGCUACCCCCCUGUUAUAAUUCGUAAACAGGACCGAAUGCUGUAUUACGACUGUCUACAGCUUGCCAAUGAGGGCGAUACAAGGCCUUUCGUACGUUUUGUUGCUCACUGCACUGAAAAGACCUUGGAUGUCUACCUGUGGGCCACGAAGGAAGCUUUACCAGAGAUUGAAGCACAGAGGAAGCAGCAGGAAGAUGCAGAGAGGGCAGAAGAGAUGAAGGAAGAGCAGGAGGAACAAGAGGUGCAACAGGAUCAGCAGAGAAGCAAGCAGAAGUUUGAUAAUGCGAAGACAAACUCACAUUCCACCAGCAAAGAUAAGCAGAAGUUUUUGUUUACACCCGUUGACGAUAUCGCCCCCUGGGAGGAACGGGGGGAGGGGCAAGCAACGGGAGGGAAUGCAGAGAAUAGAGGAAGGCUUCUCACACCCUCCUCCACCGAAGACCACAUUCUGAGAGACGGGGAGAACGAGGAAGAAGAAGAAGAAGAAGAAGAAGAGGUAGAUGUGAUGGAGGUAGAUGGUAGAGAGCACUUGUGGUUCGUGGGAGAGGAGGAAAAGAUCCGAGUUAGAGAACAGCAAAGUAGAUUAAGUAGUUUUGAUAGUAGUAGCAGUAGUAGUAGUAGUAGUAGUAGUAGUGGUAGUAUAAUUGGUAGUAUUAGUAGUAGUAAAGAGCAUGAGGAAGUGAUUAGGUAUCUUAUAUCAGAGGAAAGACUUGCUGCCUUUGUAGAGGAGAGAGAGGAGGCCGGCCCAGGCAGGGGGCUCUAGGGGUAACAGGUAGGGGUGUAGCUAGCCUGUAAUUAAGUAUGUGUGGGGGUGGGGGGUGGGGGGGGGGUGUACGUGAGUGUGUUGUACUGGGAGCUGUAUUGAAAACCUAACCUAACCUAACCUUACAAGACAGUAAACCCAAAAAUUCAAGCAAAUUAAGCACAAGUAAGAAAAAAAAGUUAACUAAAUCCAUAACUUAAAAGAAUCCGAUGAAAUUAGACAAGAAAACAAUAAUAAUAAAUAAUAAUAAUAAUAAUGCCAGUAAAUAAAAAGACACUUUAUAAAGAGAUUACUGUAUGUAUGUAUGUAUGUACGUAUGCAUGUGUGUGUCUGUAUGUGUGAAUAUAUGAAUUAAUGGAAUAUUUUUUUAAGCUUAUAACGUUUUUCUCUCGUAUGCAUUAAAAUGUUAUAAAUCCAAGAAUACCGAAGGCGUUUGAGUCGUAAAGGUCAGAAUGGUGUGUUUACUGAAGGCAUAGUGGCCCUUGGUGUCAUUGGUUCUGUUAAAGAAGUGUUGUGGUUUCUGUGGCUUUUUAUUAUUAUUAUUAUUAUUGUUGUUAUUAUUAUUAUUAUUAUUAUUAUUAUUAUUAUUAUUAUUAUUAUUAUUAUUAUUAUUAUCAUUAUUAUUUAUGGUUUUGUGGUUUUUGGGGGCAUUUUUUGUGUUGGUUCUUGUGUGAUUUUUUAUUUACUUAUUUAUUUAUUUAUUUAUUUAUUUAUUUAUUUAUUUAUUUAUUUAUUUGGUUCUUGUUAUAAAUUUGCAUGUUUUCUGUUUCUCUUUUUUUCGUUUUUUUUUUUUUUUUUUUUUUUUUUUUUUUUUUUUUUUUUAUGUGGGUUUGUGUGUUUUUUCAUGAUUUACUUAUUUUAUUUAUUAAUUUACUUAUUUAUGGGUGUAUUUUUUUCAUAUUUGCUUAUUUAUUUAUUUAUUUAUUUAUUUAGGUUUAAGGUUUAUUUCGGGUGUUUUUCAAGUUUUUACCAUCUUAUUUAUUUAUUUAGGAUCUUAAUUCCUUAUUUUGGGUGACAUGACGUGAUAUUAGAUAGAGUAAUAUCUAUUUUUAUUAUAUUCCGUUUUAAUAUUCAUAUCUUUCUCAGGUGAUAUUUUCUCUCUCUCUCUCUCUCUCUCUCUCUCUCUCUCUCUCUCUCUCUCUCUCUCUCUCUCUCA